CCAUGACCACACAUGUCAACGAGGAGAAUGUGCGAGCUCCUCUACGCUGGCAGUAUAUCACUGCUAUCACAAUGAUCUCAACUCUACGAAUCACAGAUGAGGCAACGCUUUGUCUCUGAGCUCACGCUCUCGUUCAAUUGGAUCGGUCUCAACGCUUGUGUCCAUGGGGAUCUGAUGCUAUCCCGACGUCUCUAACCUAGAAUUAACAAGUCCAGGUCGAACAUUGGUCCGCAGGAUCACAAUGGUAAGUCGUUUAUUUCCAACUCCAGCCUCAGCCACCUGUUUGCAUGAUGAGAGACACAUAACACAGACCUGUUCUGAACACUUGCUGUCGAAAACAAUGUUUUUUUUCCUGAUACAAACCCGCCACCAUUCAUCUCUUGUUGAAUCUCCCUACUUUCUGCAACGGUCACUAACAAUCGACCAGGGAUUCUUAGUGCUCGUUCAAUGUGCCCAUUUGACGUUUCAGGUCGUCCAAAUAUAUUUUCCUUGUUCAGUAUUUCCCUGAACAAAGCCCAAUCAGUCUCAUGUUCUUUGUAACAAAUUAGUGUUCCAUAGUUAUCCAAAUGAUGAACAUGUCGUUACUCGUGUUAACAUGUCGCUUUGUUCGGCAUCCAAAGCGUCCCAGGAACAAAGCCGUGAACUCGGCAGUGUGGACUUGGAUCUAUCCAUGUCCAGCAGAGUAAUAUAAAUCUUACCGGGCUGCUCUUAGACUGUUCGGAUUUCAUUUGUUUGGG